AUGGAGAAACAGCUUUGCCCGUAUUUGACCUCAGGUUAUAUAUUGCAGAUUGCCUUUUUCCUCCACCACCUCCUCACGUCGUUCCUCAUUCCGCCACGGCCUCAUGUCGUUCCUCCACCACCACCUCACGUCAUUCCUCAUCCGCCACGGCCUCAUGUCGUUCCUCCACCACCUCCGUUCCACCCCAUUGCGCCACCCCCUCAUGUUCAUCCACCACCGCCUCCGGACAAUGCUCCUACUGUGGUCAUAGUGAUCUUCGUCUCGUUCGGAUGCUUCUUCUUCGCCGCCUUCUGCUGCUUUGCUCUUUGGUGCUUGAUCAAGAAUAGGAAACAUAAGAAGAUGGUGAACGAAACCGAUAUCAUACGUACUGAUGAACAUCUGAAGGUGAAAGAGGCCAUCAUUCAAGGCCCCAACGGGCCGGAGCUCGUCGUCUUAUCCAUAGAAGAUGACAAGCAUACUCAAGAAGAGAUCAUCAAGAAUGAGAAGAUGGAAAUGAAGCACUUGCAUGCAAAUGCAAAAUCUGGAGAAAUUGCUGCAACUGAUCAUCUUCCUUGAGGCUGGGAUUCUUCUUCGAAUCCUAGUAAUUAUCAAACUCAAACUUUUAUAACACAAGCUUUGAAAGAAUGUAAUAAGAUGUGGCAGCUGCUGAAAACUAAACAAAUCAUUUGAGAAUUUGAUGUUGUUAAUUCAUUAAAGUCAAUGAGUAAGAAUUUGAACCA